AUGCCUUCCUACUAUACACUGGCUGAAGGCUGCCCCCAGCCAAGAGACGAUACCAGCGUCCAGCUUCGUAACGGAGCUGAUGGCGGCGGCCUUGUGUUGUUACAAGACACGCAGCUCAUCGAGACAUUAGCCCAUUUCUCAAGAGAGCGUAUCCCUGAAAGAGUUGUUCACGCGAAGGCUGCUGGCGCAUAUGGAGAGUUUGAGGUUACCCAUGAUUGCGGCGACAUAACCUCUGCUAGCUUCCUUAACACGGUUGGGAAAAAAACAAAAUGCCUGGUACGCAUUUCGACGGUAGGUCCCGAGCGAGGCUCGGCGGACACGGUUCGUGAUGUUCAUGGGUGGGCUAUGAAACUUUACACAGAUGAAGGCAACCUGGAUUGGGUUUUUAAUAACACACCCGUGUUCUUCGUCCGGGACCCCAUCAAGUUUCCUUCACUCAAUCGGUCACAUAAGAGAAAUCCAAGGACAAACACCGCCGACGCUGAUAUGGUAAGUGGCUUUGCGUCACAUCUUACAGGCUCCACCGUGCUAACUCUGCCAGUUUUGGGACUAUUCACGUCAGGAACCAAUCAGAGCCUAAUAUGGGCUAGCUUUCAUAUUGGGAACCCAGAAGGGAUCCAUGAACUUAUGCACUUGUUCAGUGACCGGGGAACGCCGGCAUCGCUGAGAAUGAUGCCCGCAUUCAGUGGCCAUACUUACAAAUUCACCAAACAGGAUGGUACAUUCAGCUACGUAAAGGUGCAUAUCAAACCACAGCUAGGCAUCAAGAACUUUGAUCGUGAAACCGCCACCAAAGUUGCAGGCGAGAACCCUGACCACCUGGUUGAUGACCUUUAUAACGCAAUUGCCAAGGGGGACUACCCGAAAUGGAACGUCUAUGUUCAAGUGUUGACACCCAAACAGGCCGAGGGGUACAAGUGGAAUAUAUUUGACAUGACCAAGGUCUGGCCUCACAAGGAUGUUCCCCUGAGGCAAAUUGGUGUCUUGACUCUUAACGAGAACCCAAACAAUUAUUUCGCAGAUAUUGAGCAGGCGGCUUUCUCGCCCUCGACAAUGGUCCCCGGAUGGGCGCCUUCUGCGGAUCCUAUGCUACAAGCUCGCAUGUUUGCAUAUCCGGACGCUGCACGCUAUCGAUUGGGGACGAAUUAUCAGAUGCUUCCUACAAACCAUGCCAAGGUGCCUGUUCACUGCCCGUAUCAACGGGACGGGUUUAUGAACUUCACCAACAAUUACAACGAUGAACCAAAUUACGUGGGCUCUCAGCUCAAACCCAUGGCCUUCAAGGUAGGCAGCAGGGAUGGUGGUUCGCUUUCGACCUUGACCGAACACGAGAGGUGGACUGGCCAGGUCCUGAGCUACACCAGCAAUGUGACGGCCCUGGACUUUGAGCAGGCGACUAGUUUGUGGGAUGUCAUAGGGCGAGAACCUGGCCAUCAAGAGAGAUUCAUUUCAAAUGUGGCUGCCCACAUAGCCGGCGUGACAGACAGCCGGCUCAGAUCCGCGGUGUCGACAAGGAUCUAG